CUCAGCUGGACCUCACGCUACAUUCUGUCCGGCCUUGAUUCGUCGACCAGCCGUCAUGCAACCGAUACGCACUUUCCAUUCAGUGGAUUCCUCGAUCAUCUCUCGAUGAACGUCACUACUGAAGCGCUAUGGAUCCGUCGUUGUUUGGCGUUUACGCCAGCCGAGCCUCAGUCAGCUGUCACUCCGAAAAAAGCUCGGCUUGACUCGCCCUGCAGUCCACUUUCACAGAGCAGCACUGUCUCGUCAACUCAGCUGUCCAGUCCUCAAGCAUCACCGGCUCGAAAACUGGCGAAACCGAUUCCGGACGAGAAAAAGGAUGAGGCCUACUAUGAAAGACGCCGACGGAACAACGACGCAGCGAAACGAUCCAGGGAUGCCAGGCGCUUCAAGGAAGAGCUCAUCGCUGAACGAGCCACUCGUCUUGAACAAGAAAACGGCCAGCUUCAGACACAACAGCUAUCAGCUGUGACAGCUACAAAGGCGGACAACAAGAGCGAGUCUAUUGACGCGCUUUUGCACAAUACCCGCACUACAGUACUUCCAAGUGACAUGGAAGUGCAACCCUGA